AGCCUGAAUAGAAGUGGUAUUGGAUGAUCUACCAUCCAUGUUCCAGGUGGCAGCGGCGAAUGAUAUCCUGUCUCCAUGGAAACCACAGUUCCAAUUCCAACCUCAGCUGCAACUCCAACUUCAUCUCUCUCUCUUUCUCUUUUCUCUUCAAACACCAACCGCACCUCUCUCCAACUCCCCUUCAACUCUAAACCUCCUCCUUCCAUCAUCACACAGCAACAACAACCACCACCCAAUAACCCUAAACUCAAAUUUGCAUUUCAACUACAAAACGACGCCGUUUCGGGCAAGUCGCGAACGACGCUAUUGGGAGGAGCAGAAUUGGAUGUGUCUAGCUUUGUGAAUGUUAUUGAAAGCUUGGGUGAUGCAAAUGCGGUUCAAGAAGGGUUUAAGGUUCAUGCCAUUUUGGUUAAGAACGGUUAUUUUGAUGCUAGUUUAUAUAUUAAGGUCUGUUUGGUUAGAAUGUAUUUUAGGUGUGGGAAAGUUGAGCUUGCGCGGAGGGUGUUUGAUGAAAGUUCUGAGAGAGAUGUUUCUUUGUGGGGUGCCAUGGUUGCUGGUUUUGCACACCAUGGGAUGCGGAUUGAAGCAUUGCAGUAUGUGAGGUUGAUGGUAGAUGAAGGAAUAAUGCCGAAUUCGGCUUUGAUGAUGGGUGUUCUUCCCUUAGUUGGGGAGCUUGGCGCAUUGCGGAUAGGUCAAGAGGCUCAUGCUUACUUAGUGAAGAAGAAAUUUUACUAUGAGCAAGUGCGAAUUCGAACUGCAUUGGUUGAUAUGUACAGUAAAUGUGGGGAUGUUGGUUCGGGGAGGCGAGUUUUGUCUAGCUUGGUAGAGAGAGGUAUAAGUUGUUGGAGUGCUCUGAUUGCGGGUUCUGUCUCGAGUGGGGGGUUUCAAAAGGCGGUGAAGUCCAUGGUUAGAAUGCAGCGAGAAGGGUUCCGGCCUAGUCAUGUCAGUGUUGCUUCUAUCCUUUCGGUUUGUGCACAGUCGAGGGCUCUGAAACGGGGGAAGGAGAUUCAUGCUUAUGCUUUAAAACAUUGGUUUCUGCCUCAUGUCUCUAUAGCUUCUUCGUUGAUGGUGUUGUACUCUAAGUGUGGUUUGAUUGAGUAUUGUAGAAACCUAUUUGAUGGUAUGGAACGAAGGAAUGUGAUCCUGUGGACAGCUAUGUUUGAUGCAUAUGUGGAAAAUGGGUGUUUUCCUGAAGCAUUUGGUGUCCUAAGGUCAAUGCAAUUGACAGAGUAUAGGCCGGACACAGUUACCAUGGCGAGGAUGUUAAGUCUUUGCAGCAAACUAAAACUUGUAAAGCUUGGUAAGGAGAUUCAUGUGCAGGUAUUGAAAAGAGAUUUUGCAUCAGUGCAUUAUGUUUCUGCAGAACUUAUCAAUAUGUAUGGUACCUGUGGACUCAUUGAUAAGGCGAAUUUGGUAUUUGAUGCAGUGCUUGAUAAAGGUUCAAUGACAUGGACUGCUCUUAUAAGGGCAUAUGUAUAUAAAGAAUUUUAUAAAGAUGCAAUUGACCUCUUUGAUGACAUGAUUUCAAAGGGUUGUGCUCCGAACCGCUUUACUUUUGAAGCUGUUCUUUCUGUAUGUGAUAAAGCUGGUUUUGUUGAAGAGGCAAUUAGGAUCUUCAAUUUACUGUCAAGGUAUAAAGUUGAAGCAUCCAAGGAACACUGCGUUUCAAUGAUUCAGCUUCUUACACGUUAUGGUAAACUAGAUGAGGCUCAAAUAUUUGUAGAAAUGAGUUCUUUGUUAUAGCAGAUGCAAUAUGAUCUCCUACUUUGAAAGACUUGAUGGGUUGUAAAGUUACUUCAUCAAAGAUUUUAUAACUUGUAUCAUACUAACUACUUGGACAACUGUAUGAAAAUCAUAAAGUUACUUAGGUUUUGACA